AUGAGGCUGAUUUACCUACGUUGUUUUGGACCGUGCAUCUGGGUCUUUUUCUGCACUCUGCUCCAACAUGCAGACAUCAUGUGACUGAAGGCUUUGCCCACCCUGCCCUCAUGAACCUCCUCUAAUCAAAAACGUCCAGCUGCAAGCGCUAAAUCUCUUAUAAAACUACGACUCGCUGGUGUGCGCCCUGGCGCUGCGCUCCCUGGCCGUUGACCCGUUGUGGACUUUUGCCCUCCGACUGUGAUAAGUGAAGAUAAGACAAACGGCACCAGAGCGACCCGAACAUGUUUUUGCCGAAGUCGUCCAAAAGUUUGUCCAAGUAUGGCUCCGAGUCGUACGGUGCCGGGGAGCAGAUCUGUAUGGUUGAAUGUGGCUUUCAACCGGGCUGCACCUGUAGCGCCCACUCCCCCGGCAGCACCAGGAGACACUGUGCGCAGAAGUCCCAGGACAGUGACGCUAGCACUGAGAAACAAGGCUGUGACAACUUGGCUUAUGAGUAUGGGAGCCAGAGUGAGCUCUACCCUCCACCCAAAACUGCUUCCAGAGUGACCUUUAAGCUCCUGGGACUCACCUCUGAGCACCAAGCCCAAGUCAUUGACAGCAGAAUCUCCAGCCUGAAUGGAGUUCUUGGUAUCAGCUUCUCUUUACCAAAAAAACUGGCAAAAGUGGACUAUGAUACCUCAAUUAUCACAACUAAAGAGAUUGCCCAGGAGCUCUGGGCAACUGGGUAUAGUGUGGAGUCAGCAGUGAAAAUCAUGGUGGAGGGUAUGCACUGCCAGUCCUGUGUGCAGUCCAUCGAAGGACAGAUUGGUGAGCUGCCAGGGGUUUCACAUAUUCAGGUGUCUAUUCAAGAUGGUGCAGCACUGAUUGUAUUUCAGCCUGUCCUAGUUACAGAACAGGAGCUAAGAGACAAGAUCGAGGACAUGGGCUUUGAUGCUACUUUAUUUGCAGAUGAUCCAUCUGGACAAGACAUAUGCUACUGGCAGAGGAAGAUAAAUUCAUCAACACAGAUUGUAACCAUUUGGAUUGUAGGGAUGACUUGCUACUCUUGUGUGCAGUCCAUAGAAGGGAGGGUGUCUCAGAUGACAGGUGUGCAGUCAAUAGCAGUGUCACUUAAGGAGGAAAAGGGAACAAUAACCUUUGACCCCAGUCUCACAGAGCCGGAGCUGCUCAGGACAGCUAUUGAGGACAUGGGCUUUGAUGCAUCACUUGAAGAACUUGUACCAAGCAUCCAGACACACGAAAAGUCCAGGCCUGUUCAUUCCAGACCUUCUGACCUUUCUGACCUGCAGUCGUCCAGUAAGGCAGGAGUCAGCUAUGGCACUGGAUCCCAGGCAACGUCAACCAAAUCUCCUGAUAAUAAAGUACAAAAAUGCUUCAUUUGUAUAAUGGGAAUGACCUGUGCCUCCUGUGUGGCCAACAUUGAAAGAAACCUGCUCAAACACAAGGGAGUCAUCUCAGUGUUAGUAUCUCUGAUGGCUGGAAAGGCAGAAGUGAAGUAUGAUUCAGACAUCACAGACGCUGCUACUGUAACUCAGCUUAUAGAAGACUUAGGUUUUGGUGCCAAACUGAUAGAGGACAAUGCAGUAACACAUGGGAAACUGGACCUCACUAUAACUGGCAUGACAUGUGCAUCAUGUGUCCACAACAUUGAGUCCAAACUCACUACAACCAAAGGGAUCAUUGGGGCCUCUGUUGCUCUCGCAACCAAAAAAGCACAGGUCCAAUUUGACCCAGAGGAGCUUGGAGCUCGAGAUAUUAUCAAGCUGAUUCAGAGCCUUGGAUUUGAGGCCAGUUUGGUGAAGGCAGGCUUUGUCAACCACCUCGAUCACACAGAAGAAAUUCAACAGUGGAAGAAAUCCUUCCUGCUCAGCCUUGUUUUUGGCUUGCCUGUCAUGGGCCUCAUGAUCUACAUGAUGGUGAUGGACAGCCAGCACCAGGAACACGGAGGCUCCAUGCCCGAGGAGCAGAACCUGCUGCCGGGCCUCUCCCUCCUCAACUUGGCCUUCUUUCUGCUUUGUACACCUGUGCAGAUCUUUGGAGGCCGAUACUUCUACAUCCAGGCAUAUCGCUCACUGAAACAUCACACAGCCAACAUGGACGUCCUUAUUGUGUUAGCUACCUCUAUCGCCUACAUCUACUCCUGUGUGGUCCUUAUUGUAGCCAUGGCCGAACAUGCCAGCCAGAGCCCUGUCACCUUUUUCGACACGCCGCCCAUGCUCUUUGUGUUCAUUGCUCUGGGGCGAUGGCUGGAACAUAUUGCAAAGAGUAAAACCUCAGCAGCUUUGGCAAAGUUGAUUUCACUUCAAGCUACUGAUGCCACUGUGGUCACAUUAGGACCUGACCAUGCCAUACUCAGUGAGGAGCAGGUGGUGGUGGAGCUGGUCCAGCGAGGUGACAUUGUCAAGGUCAUUCCAGGAGGAAAAUUCCCCGUUGAUGGGAAAGUGAUUGAGGGAAGCUCCAUGGCGGAUGAGUCUUUGAUCACAGGUGAGCCAAUGUCUGUUAGUAAGAAGGUUGGUAGUUUGGUGAUUGCUGGCUCCAUCAAUGCUCACGGAGCUCUUCUCGUGGAGGCCACUCAUGUUGGUGCAGACACAACUUUGUCUCAAAUCGUCAAACUGGUGGAAGAAGCCCAAACCUCUAAGGCCCCCAUCCAGCAGUUUGCAGACAGGCUCAGUGGGUACUUUGUGCCCUUCAUAGUUAUCGUUUCUCUGCUAACACUGGUGGCCUGGCUGGCAGUCGGGUUUGUCCGCUUUGACAUUGUGAAGGAGAACUUCCCGGAUUAUAACCAGAACAUCCCCAAAGCAGAAGUUAUUGUUCGCUUCGCCUUCCAGGCCUCCAUCACUGUUCUCUCUAUCGCCUGCCCUUGUUCUCUUGGGCUUGCGACCCCGACAGCCGUGAUGGUGGGGACAGGAGUUGGAGCUCAGAAUGGGAUCCUCAUUAAAGGAGGCGAACCACUGGAGAUGGCCCAUAAGAUCAAUGUGGUGAUGUUUGAUAAGACCGGCACCAUUACAAACGGCGUGCCGCGAGUGACUCGUGUGUUGGUGCUGUGGGAAAUGGCCCGUAUGCCCCUGAGAAAGAUCUUGGCACUAGUUGGGACAGCAGAGGCCAGCAGCGAGCACCCACUGGCCAUGGCAGUCACUAAACACUGCAAAGAGACGCUGGGCUGUGACGUGCUGGGCUACUGCCAGGACUUCCAGGCGGUGCCUGGAUGUGGGAUAAGCUGCCGGGUUUUCAGUGUAGAACAUCUGCUACAGCAGCAGAGUGAGGAGCGUUUCCUGCUGCCAGGAGCCACCACCAACGAAAGUAACCUGUUCUCUGCUGCUGAAGCUCCGCCUGCAGCACCAUUUUACUCAGUGCUGAUUGGUAAUAGAGAGUGGAUGAGGAGGAAUGGCCACCACAUUGGAGUAGAUGUUGAUGCCGCCAUGUCCAGCCAUGAAACAAAAGGACAGACAGCUAUCCUGGUAGCUAUAGAUGGUGUUUUGUGUGCCAUGUUAGCCAUUGCAGACACGGUGAAGGCAGAGUCAGCGUUAGCAGUGCAUACACUCAACAACAUGGGCAUCAAGGUGGUUAUGAUAACAGGAGAUAACAGACGCACAGCCAAAGCCAUAGCCACACAGGUGGGGAUCAGGAAGGUGUUUGCAGAGGUGCUGCCUUCACAUAAGGUGGCAAAAGUCCAGGAGCUGCAGGAACAAGGUCUGAGAGUUGCCAUGGUGGGAGAUGGUGUUAAUGACUCACCCGCCCUCGCUCGGGCUGAUGUCGGCAUCGCCAUCGGCACAGGCACUGAUGUGGGGUUGUGGCUACCGAAGCCAGCCGAUAUCGUCCUGAUUCGAAAUGACCUGCUGGAUGUGGUGGCCAGUAUCGAACUGUCAAAGAAGACGGUACGAAGGAUAAAGAUCAACUUUGUCUUUGCUCUGAUCUACAACCUUUUAGGAAUACCAGUCGCUGCAGGUGUGUUCAUGCCUGUUGGCCUUGUGCUGCAACCCUGGAUGGGUUCGGCUGCGAUGGCUGCCUCGUCUGUUUCAGUGGUUCUGUCUUCUCUACUGCUGAGAAUGUACAAGAAAACCUCAGUGGAGCUGUAUGAGGUGUGUACAAGAGGCCAAAUGAAGAGCCUUCGGUCAUCUCAGAUCAGCACACAUCUGGGUCUGGAUGGCUGGCAACGCAGCCCAGUUUUUUCCUCUGGAGAACAGGUGAGCCAAGACAGCAUCACCCCACUCGCCCCGUCCAGCCAGAGACCAUUUAUUAACUCUGGCCAGGAGCAGGAACGCUACUCCUUCCUGGACCACCAGACUACAGAAGACCUUAAUUUGUAGAACGGGGAAAGGAAAGGAGGACUGAAGUUUUGUGCAUAAUAUUUCUAUGUAUUUGUGUAAAUAGACCAAAUUAAAUGUGCUUGGAAACGUCACUAUUAAAUGAUCACUUUCUUUCAGAAAAUGUCUGAAAAUUAAGCCGCUAACACAAAGUGAAGUUUGACUGUACUUCUGAAGCAUUUUGUUUUUCCUUCUUCAUGCCAGAUGCCACAUGAUGAUACCACAUGAAUUAAACGUGAAACAUAAAAUAGGUUUUCUUAUAUGACAUUCAUAUACAUUCUGCAGCCUGCAAAUGCACUUUUACAGUAUACUUAACUCAAAGUAAAGUUACACAUUGUUUGUUUGGAUAACCUCCAGUUAUUAAUGAUGCAUCAGUUGAUAGAGAAAAAUCAACAUUUUCUAGAACGUAUCUUUGUGCUUUGAUUAUUCAUCCAACUGCUCUGAUUUUGUGCUUUGAUUGGACAUUUGACCUGUUGAGAUGUAGAACUUUAUAUUGCUGUG